AGAUUAAGCUCAUGGCACCUCCCUUGUGCCGCAUUCAUCAAGUCAACAAUUCCGCUAUUGGAUACAGUUUUGACCUCUAGAGAACAUGCCAGUAUUCCGAAUUAUAUGACGAUCAAUAGCCCAAAAGAGAUCAACCGUCUUUCUCCAUUAACUACCCCAUCUCCCUUAAUGAUAAGAUCACAGCAGAAAUUUAAACAAAUUCAGGCAAAUUUGUUUUUGAAAGGACGCUUCGACGAAUAUUUUAUCAACUGCAAGAGAGAAGAGCAUAUUGCUCUAAUAAACAAUUUUCAUGAAACCUGGAUGCAUAUCUUCGUUAUAGCCAAACAUUGGGGGCGAGGACCUCUCUUUUGGACGAAAGCAAUGGUAUCUACGGCGACUAUUAGUUCAUCAGCAGCGCCACUUUCAAGCCAUAUGUCUCCCAUGGAUAAUGAUUCUUUGGCAUUAUCACCUUCAGUGUGCGAUGAACCAAUCAACUCACCGACACGAUUGUGCGGAUGGGUCGUCCACAUGGAUGAUAAUCAGCUAUAUGGCAAUUACCAAGAAUAUCCUGAUUACCGAGGCUAUCAGAACUACCAGGUAUUGAAUAACUCUGGCAUCAAAAAGACGCCUUUAAAUAAACCCUGGUCACGAGCGGAACGGAAGAAAUUUCCGUUCUUGCAAUCAAUGAAGGAGUUAGCAAUUCAGGCCGCUCUAACGCCUUUGGCAUCCGAUGACUUACCAUUCUCCGCCGAAAUAAUCGUUGAUUCAUUGCGCACGAAUACAAAUCUACUACAGCAGGAAGCUCUCAAAUUUGGGAUAAUGGCUGGAAAUGUGGUACUAGUGGAAUCUGUUCUCCGUGCGUUGAAGAAGACCCCAGACUUCCAGAAACUUCUCAAGGAGAUUCACCCCUAUCACAUAGCUGCUUCUUUUCUAGACGGUGGCUAUACCUGUUGCUCCCUAAUUUCCACGCUAAAACAACAUCUCCUUUAUGAUUAUCCUAUCAACGCUAAUAAUGAGGACAGUAUGGGACACACCAUUCUAGAUAGCCUGGUGAUAUCGAUUUUUCGUUCACAUACUGAUGUCAGUCCACAUGAAGUUAGUUCUGGAUUUUCUUAUACAAACAUGUAUCCCGGCGAGGAGAAGGAUGCAUGUGGUCGAUGGGACGCAGAUUCUCCAGCAGUUCGCCAGCUCUUUCAAAACGGCAACUGCCGUAUACCUCUGAGCUGGAAGCACCCCUUCUGCCAUAGUUCAGUCCAAGCUGUUUGCCAUAGCAUUAUCGCGAUAUUUCCUCCAGGCAGUUUGCGAUCUCAUCUCAACCACUCAAGUGGGUUAUUCAAGAAGAACUGCAGUAGUUGCGAUGGUGAAUUAUCACUUGGACCUCUUCACUCAGUUAUAAUGCUUGCCUACUAUCUAGGAGGUUCAGGAAUCCAGGGAGAAACACUGUUUGGAGCCAUAGCGGUCCUUGUCUGUUUGCUACGGCUUGGUGCCAACAUUAAACACAAAGCAAAUGUGUCAGUCGACAAAAUCUUGGGAUUAUUAUCGGAGAAUGCAUGUCAUCACUCAGAGAUGGAUGCCGAAGAAUUUAUAGGGAGAAUCCCACAGGAUACUAUAAGACUUUGGAGUUCUGAGUGCCAGAUAGGAUGGCACUGCAUAUUUAGGAUCUUACGGUUAGCCAAAGAUAACUGCACUUUGGAUGACUCAAAGGAAAGCCAGGACAUAUUCAAUAACGAUGAUCCGGAUGCUGAAUUUGAUGGCGACAAUGACAACGAUGAUGAAUCAAUACAGUCAGAAAUUUCGGAAUAUUCCUGUGAAUUGAACGAUUUUGGGGUUCAUGGUAUCGGGUCCAGCUUCCCCUGCGGAAAUCCACAGCUUGGAAUUAUAUGGGCGGCUAUUCAAGUUGAAAUCCUCACGUAUCGGAAAACAUCAGACUACGAUCCCUGGAUUUCCAAUAAUUUUUCCAUCGCUGCUCUAGCAAACUGGCUAGAUGGGGUAUCAGAGGAGCUUGAAAUGCCUCUGAUGCAAAUGGAGACGAUGAAGGAACACACGGUCUGUGGAUGGUUCAAC